AUGGAAACUGUCUAUGCGAUUCAUAAUUAUUGCGCUCAAAAUGAUGAUGAACUCACGUUUAAGGUUGGUGAUCCAAUUUUAGUAUUGGAAAAGGACGAAAUGUACUGGGAUGGAUGGUGGCAGGGACAAGAUAUCCUUGGACAAGUCGCCGAAUUAAUGAAAAAUAACGGCAGUGAAUUAACUACUAUUCCUGAGGCCAAGAUGUCAAAGCCAUCCGCAAAUGAAACGAUUGCCGACAUACAAAAUAAAUUACAUCAGCUUGUGGCAAAGAAGCAUCAAUCAAAUGAAAAAAUCAUUUCUGAACCAAAAUCAGAUGCCUCCGUUUGUAAAACUAAUUCUGUUCCAAACUUAGCGAUACGACAAACGUCUUCAAUUACUCAACCACAAAAACCGUCACAAAGACAAUCAAAAGGAUCAUUAAAAAAUGGACGUUCCAGUGUAUCUUCUACAGGAUCUAAUCAUAGUGAAUAUUUAUCUUCGCCUUCUAGGCAUAAUACUGGUAAUAUGAAAACUUUAGAUUAUUCUUCGAAAACGAAUAACCCUCAAGGUAAUCCACUGGCUUGGAACAUGGAACAAGUAUGUCAAUGGUUGAAAGAAAAAGGAUUUGAUUCUGUAAUAGAACAUUUCGUUGCAAAUGAUAUCACUGGUGAUAUCCUCCUCGGUUUGGAUUUGGAUUCUCUCAAAGAAUUAAACAUUAUGUCGUAUGGUAAAAGGGUUCACAUAAUGAAUGCUAUUAAUGCCCUUAAAGAAUCAUCUAUCCUGAAUAAAGAUCAAGGCAAUUCGGAUUCAUUACAGCUACGUCCAAUUAUGGAAUCAACAUCGAUUAGACAAACAAAUUCAGUUAAUAUACCAAAUUCAGUUAAAAUAUCAGAUAAAGUUGAUGCAAGACCCGAGAGUUCAUUUGUAAAAAGUAAUGAACAUACCAGUUGGCCACUACGGAUAAAUACUAACGAAAAAAUCCAGACAUUUACAGGAAAAACUCAUAAAAAAAAAAUAAAAAAUGAAACAAAUCAAACCAUCUUUUCAUUUAAUACUAAACCUGCAAAAAAAGGAAAGUCACAAUCAAUAUCAUCAGAAGGAUGGGAGUUUUUGGUGGAGGAUGACUAUGAAAAAAAACAUAAGAAUAAAUCUAAAUCUCUUUCUAAAAAGCUAUCGAUAGAACAUUUGGAUAGAAAUAGUUUGGUCGGAAGUCAAUUAGGGUUGCCGAAAUAUUCUAUAAAGAAUGGAGAUAACCAUGAUCAGCCAAAUCGAUUACAUGUCGUUGAUGAAAGUAUCGGUGAGGACGAAGAAGCAAUAAAAAAUAAUAUUGGGACAUCGGAUUAUGAAGGAUGGCUUAUGAAACAGGAUGAUAGAAGUAAAUCAUGGAAAAAUAGGUUUUGUGUUUUAAAAGGGCAAACUUUGUAUUAUUUUCAGAAUGAUAAGGGUAGUAUCAAUAUCACAGGUUAUCGCGUCGUUCCUGACGAGAACAUAUUACAGGGAAAAUAUGGAUUCAAAUUAGUUCAUGAUAUUGAACGCCCUUACUACUUUGCACACGAAAACUUGGUAAAAAUGAGGGAAUGGAUGAAAGCUAUUAUGAAAGCCACGAUAUCAAGGGAUCCAAAAUCACCAGUGUUUUCAUCGUGUGAUUUAAGUACCAUGUCAUUAGCCGAGGCUCGAAAACUUGUAUCAGCAAAUAAGAAGAGUUUGCAAUCAUCAAAUGGUUCUGAUUCACCAACAUUAGAACGAUCAUUGUCACCAACUCUUUAUUCAAAUUCCAAUAGUUUUAAUAGACCGAAUCCACAACAUUCAUCUCCGAGAUGUAGGUCUGUUUCACCGUUACCUGAAAUGUCUGGACAACCAACAACGAUGCCACUUUCGAAAUCCAAAUCAUCAACUUUUAAAAAACUUUUAAAAAGUACUAGUUUUGAUAGUAUCAAGAUUUAA